AUGGGUUUCUUCCGCGGAAUUUCACCAGCUACUACUAGUUUGACAAUGCAAGCUGAAUUUGGUGAUGUCUAUCAGUAUUGGAUUGGACCCUUGCGAAUGAUUGCUGUAUGUAAUGUCGAAGAUAUACAACAUAUCUUUGCUCAUCGACACAUUUAUGAACAAAGUCCUGGACAAAGAGAUCGAUUCAGUGUUAUCCUUCCAGAUGCACUCCUAUCCAUUACAGGAGCCAAAUAUAAGCGUCAUGCAACUAUUAUUCUUCCUCUAUUUCGUGGCGCUAAAGUUGUGAGUAAUUUGCAUGUGAUCUAUGAUUGUACAGACAAGUUGCUUGAUGUAUGGCGGUCGAAAGCAGAUGAUCCUAACUAUAUUCAUCUUGAUGUAGUCAAAGAUUGUCAAAAUUUAUUACUAGAGAUAUUUGGUUUUAUUGGUUUUGAUUAUGAUCUACAAAUGUUAGGAGAUGAUGAUAGUGCCAAAAAUAAUAGACUCACAAAGUCUUUAAAAGACUUUUUGGACAUUCUUUUUUUUGCACUACUCUUGCCAUCGACACUCGCCAAAAUCUAUUUGAAACUUAAUUCUCGAGAUUGUCAAGCAAUGAAUGUUUUCCGGGAGUAUGCUGAUCGUAUUAUUGAGCAAGAGAAAAACAAAGGAUCACAAUCAAUUCUUGAACGAAAAAGAAAAUGUCUUAUUGCGUCACUUGUUGGUUCAUGGCAACAAGAUGAAAAGAUUGAAACAACAUUGCCAGAAGAAAAACAACGAGGACUAUCUUUCAACGAAAUACUUUCAGAAAUACUACUUUUUCUUGUGGCCGGUUCCGAAACGACAUCGACCGCAUUGUCAUGGUUUAUUCAUUUCAUGAGUAAAAAUCCACGUGUACAAGCAAAAAUCAAAGCCGAACUAGGCGACAAUCGACAACAUGGUCUGUCCAUCGAGCAGCUUGAUUCUCUUGAAUACUUAAAUUGUGUUAUUCAAGAAGUGCUUCGGUUUGCUCCACCUGCCAUUAACACAGUGCGCAGAGUCAUUAGCGAUGACCGAUUACCAGCCAGUGGAGCUCAUUUAUAUAAAGGCGAUGACGUAGCAAUUAAUAUUUUUAAUUUAACUCGAGAUAAACGCUACUGGAAGAUUGAUCCAGAUUUGUUCUAUCCUGAACGAUUUCAAUGUGAAGAUAAAGAUCAUCAUCCAUAUGCAUUGAUUCCAUUCGGUGGUGGUCAUCGACAAUGUAUCGGACAAGAUCUAGCUCGAUUAGAGUUGAAAGCAAUCGCAGCCAGAUUAAUGCAGCUUGUCACUUUCGGUGAUGGUGGCCCAGAAGUUAAUGCAGGUGGACACAGUCUGAAGCUUACCAUCAUGCCUAAGAAAGUUGGUGUCACCAUAACUUUCGAUUAA